AUGCGCUACCACAAACCGCCACACCCCUCUCUUCUCCAAACUGUCCCAGCUUCCGACUUCAAAGACUUACUAACCGUAGCACUCGACCUCCAUGCCUGCAGCCUUGACCUCCUGAAUAUCAUCCCACUCGAUAAUGUCGAUAUUACUCUCUACUUGGACAGACACCCGCUAGCAACAGCAAAAGAACUGCUGAUCAGACAUGACAACUUAGACCGAGAGUACGGUUGGGUCUUGGCUUCUGACCGCGCAUGUGUUGACAGGGUACUAAGCAAGUUCUGUAAGGCUGGGAGGAGGCCCAGCGAGUGGUUUGAAGAAUUUAUGAGUGAGUUGGAGAGUGUACGACGGUUGUUGGAGGAGAAGGUCGCACAAUGGGAGAAGGUUUAUAGCCAUAAACCUUCCUUUUUGCGUGACGGGUAG